UAGCUAGACACACACCCCUUGUUUCUUUCCCUUCUGUCUUUGAUUAAUUAUUAUCUUCAUACAUAUCAAGGACAAGUUUAUUAGCUUAUAGUUUAAUGACCAUUUUUUUUCAAAGCUUCUUCUUGGGUUCUCUUAAUUAAUUUCAUCCAUCUUUGAAGUGACACACCAAAUUAAAUAUCAACUUUGGUGUUUUACUUUUUUGCUAAUUAUAAUUUUUAACUAGCUAGCUUUGGGUGGGUCGUUGCAGCCAUAGAUGGAGUUUCCCAACGAAGCAAUAAUAUCAGAAGGGUCUAAUUCUCAGAAGAAAACGGGGAGAGGGAAAAUAGAAAUCAAACGGAUCGAGAACACAACGAAUAGGCAAGUUACCUUCUGCAAACGCCGUAACGGAUUGCUGAAGAAGGCUUAUGAAUUGUCUGUUCUGUGUGAUGCUGAGGUUGCUCUUGUUGUCUUCUCAAGCCGUGGACGCCUCUAUGAGUAUGCCAACAACAGUGUUAGAGGGACUAUCGAAAGGUACAAGAAAGCAUGUGCUGCUUCCACAAAUGCAGAAUCUGUCUCUGAAGCUAAUACACAGUUCUAUCAGCAGGAAGCGUCCAAAUUAAAAAGACAAAUCAGAGACAUUCAGAAUCUAAAUAGGCACAUCCUUGGCGAAGGUCUUAGCUCUCUGAGUCUAAAGGAAUUAAAGAACCUUGAGAGUAGACUGGAGAAAGGUUUAAGCAGAGUUAGAUCCAGAAAGCAUGAAACUUUGUUUGCGGAUAUCGAGUUCAUGCAAAAGCGGGAAAUAGAGCUGCAAAACCAUAAUAAUUUUCUGAGAGCUAAGAUAGCUGAAAACGAGAGAGCACAACAACGGCAACAGGAUAUGAUACCGGGAACUGAGUGCGAGUCAACCAUACCUAAUUCACAAUCAUAUGACCGCAAUUUCUUCCCUGUUAAUCUCAUAGAUUCCAAUAAUAAUCAAUAUUCACGUCAAGACCAGACUGCUCUUCAACUUGUCUGAUCAUAAGCUGGAAAGCGAUUUUAAAUUAUGCAUGGCACAACCUUUCUAUGGUUUCGUCUAUUUGAAUAGCUAGCUAGUUACCUUUCAAGUGUUGAGGGAGCUAGCCCAUACAUCGCCCUAUAUAUGUUUCGUGAAGAACGAGUGCCCUUAGAAAUUCCUCUGCUAGAGUUAUUCCAACGGAGAACAAGAGAAAAGCUAGAGUCAAUAUUUAAUUUGUACCAAUACAUCAUAUGAUAUUGUUUAUGUAUCUUUCAAUAUAUAUAGUUUCUAUUCAGUCCUGGCAUAUUGUAUUUUUAUGUUUGGUUGACCAUACUAUAAUAUUAUAAAUGCUUAUUUCAAUAUGAACACUAUAUCGAGUAGUCAAAAUUA